AGCCAUCUAAGUGUGCGCUGUGUGGAGAGGGCUAGCUGUGAGAGCUCAGGCCCGUUAAUCCGAAAUGUAGCUGAACUGAUCUGGUUCCUCCUGCUGCAGACAGUGGUCGCUGCACGGGUGUGUUGACAUGGAUACUCUCUAUCGCCAAUGUUUAUGUAGCGAAUUGAACAAAGUUGUUGCUUUGCGCUUCUUCCGAUACACCUUGUUGUAAUUUGGCGCAAAUUACUCACCAACCUCCACUUCUGAGUGAGCAAAAAAUAACAAAAAGCAAUGCAAAUAUUACAGUCGGAAAGCAGCUUAGUGUUUCCAAACUAGGCCUCACGGCGCCUCGGAUUUUCCCAAGGACUUCAACCGGUAUGACGCUCCUGGCCCUCGGUUCUCUAGCGACACUCUGAACUCGGUGUCAAGUCAUGGCAUAUGCUGGCUGCCGUGUUUGACUGCAGUGGUGACGAAAACCUUGCCUGAUGCCAUCAGAAGCAAACUUUUGUCCCUGCCAUCAUUUUCCACAGUCUAACAUAUUGCAGUUAAAGUGACUGUUAUAUCAAAACUGCCCACUGACGAAUGAGCUGGACCGCUGUGCUUGUGCACAGUUACAGCUGAGUACACUGUGGUGCCUAAAGGGAGAUCAGAGUUGAGACUUACCUUCUGGUGCUUAAAUAGUCUGCCCACAAAUUCAGUAUGGCAUCUGUUCCUGUGUAUUGCUUAUGCCGACUUCCUUACGAUGUCACACGGUUUAUGAUUGAGUGUGAUGUUUGUCAAGACUGGUUCCAUGGAAGUUGUGUUGGAGUGGAAGAAGAUAAAGCAGCAGACAUUGACCUGUAUCACUGCCCUAACUGUCAGGUGACACAUGGACCCUCUGUUAUGCGUAAACGGCGUGGGGGCUCUAAGCAGUCUGAGAGUGGAGCAGGUGGGCGAGAGUCAGGGCGGCCUGUGAAGACCGGUAGUGCUCAGUUUGUUAGAGAGUUGCGCAGCCGAACCUUUCCAAGUGCUGAUGAGGUCCUUCUGAAGCCCACAGGAGCCCAACUCACAGUUGACUUUCUAGAGGAGCGCUCCUUCAGUGUUCCAGUCUUAGUCUUGAGGAGGGAUGGGUUGGGCAUGAGCUUGCCUCCAUCAUCUUUCACUGUGUCUGAUGUUGAGCACUAUAUUGGAAGUGACAAGGAAAUUGACGUGAUUGAUGUGAUCCGUCAGGCAGACCUGAAGAUGAAACUUGGGGAUUUUGUUGCAUACUAUAACAGCCCCAACAGAGAUAGAGUGCUCAAUGUGAUAAGCCUGGAGUUUUCAGAUACUAGGUUAUCUAACCUGGUAGAGACACCAAAGAUUGUAAGGAAACUGUCAUGGGUGGAAAAUCUCUGGCCAGAGGAGUCUGUGUUUGAGAGGCCAAAUGUGCAGAAGUACUGCCUGAUGGGCGUGAAGGACAGCUACACAGACUUUCACAUUGAUUUUGGGGGAACCUCUGUAUGGUACCAUGUGCUGCGGGGUGAGAAGAUCUUCUACUUGAUCCGUCCAACGCCCGCCAACCUGGCCCUAUUUGAGCGCUGGAGCUCUUCCUCCAAUCAAAACGAGCUCUUCUUUGGGGACCAAGUGGACAUGUGCUAUAAAUGCUCACUCAAGCAGGGAAACACUCUCUUUAUCCCUACUGGUUGGAUCCAUGCAGUUCUCACACCUGUUGACUGUUUGGCGUUUGGUGGAAAUUUCCUUCAUAGCCUCAACAUUGACAUGCAGCUUCGGGCCUAUGAAAUAGAGAAAAGACUCAGUACAGCAGACUUGUUUAAGUUUCCUAAUUUUGAGACAGUGUGCUGGUAUGUUGGCAAGCACCUGCUUGACACCUUCAGAGGCCUAAGGGAAAAUCGUCGGCAUCCUGCCUCUUACCUUGUCAAUGGAGCCAAGGCUCUUAAUAAUGCCUUCCGAAGCUGGACCCGCAAAGAGUCCUUGGCUGAACAUGAGGAUGAGAUACCUGAGACUAUAAAGACCCAGCAACUGGUGAAGGACCUGGCUAAAGAGAUUCGACUUGUGGAGGACAUCUUCCAGCAGAAUAUUGGCAGAAGUGGGGCUCCCUUUGGUGGCUCACAAGGCCUUCCCUCUCCUCAUCCCAAAGCUCCAUUAACUACUCCUCUCAACUCUGGCAGACCCCCAGGUAAAAAGAGGGGCCCCAAACCUAAUGAUAUGGCUGGAGGAGGGGGUGUAGGCCCUCCAGGGACAAAGAAAAAGGGCCAGAAAGGGAAGGAGAUGAAGACGGAGGCAGGAGAGCUGGAUAUGCUUGAGAUUCAUACUAAACACACCCUCAAGAAAUUCCAGCCAGGAAAUAAAGCCAAGAACAAGAGCAAGAUGGACCUGCCUGCUGCCUGCCUAGAUGACUUUGAUGGGAAAAUAAAUAAGAGCAAGCUCAAAUUGGUCCUAACCAACGGCAAGAUACAAGGGAAGAAAGGUGGCCGCUCAAGUAGCGCUAAUGGAGCAGGGCGCACUGCUCAGUUUCAGCCUCUAACAAGCAGCUCAGCUCUUUCAGACUUCGAUUCUGAAGAUGAGCUUCAGAUUGAUGAAAGCCCUCCUCCUCGCCGUAGGCCAGCUGUACCCAGCAAGAAAAAGCUGGCUGGUCUUCCUAGGAAACUACCUCGUGCAAAACCGUGCACUGACCCACAUAGAGUCAGAGAACCGGGGGAGGUGGACUUUGACAUUGAGGAGGACUACACCACAGAUGAAGAAUUGCUCACUGUUCAGGGAGUGAAGGGGGGUGCAGGAGGAAUUCUGGACUUACUCAAAGCCAGCAAGCAGGUGGCUGGCCUGGACCCGGCCCUCAGUGAGGAAGCUCCAGCCUCUCCCAGCACCCGUGAUGCGAUCCAGGGCAUGCUGUCCAUGGCCAAUCCUCCUUCUUCCUCUUCCUCCUCUUCUUCAUCCUCCUCAUCUUCCUCCUCCUCCUCUUCUUCCUCUCCUCUCUCUAUGUCUGGAGGGGGUGAGGCACUGAGGGUCAUGAAUGAAAAAGGCAGGAGAGCUGCAUGGGUGAGUGGCACUCAGAAAAAGGGUGAGAAGAAGGCCACCAUCCAGAGGCCAGGCAAACGACCCAUUAAAAGGCCUGCCAGGCACCUAAGUGACGAGGAGAGCCCAGAUGAGCAGGAGACUCUGGGCACCUGUUUCAAGGACUCUGAGUAUGUGUACCCUUCAUUAGAGUCAGACGAGGAGGACCAUACACUGAAGUCUAAAAUGAAAAGAAAGAGGAACUGGGAUGAUACACCGUGGAGCCCUAAAGCUCGUGUAACCCCCACCCUGCCCAAGCAGGAGAGACCAGUGAGGGAGGGCGUCAGGGUGGCAUCGGUGGAGACUGGGCUCGCUGCUGCUGCUGCCAAACUGGCACAGCAGGAGCAACAGAAGACCACAACCAAGAGAAAAUACACAAAAAAGAAGAUCCCUCAAGAGAAAGCCCACACAGCAGCAUCACAACUUCAGCUACAGCCAGACUCCAGCCCGAUGUCCCCCUCACUGCCCCCUGAGCCUCCAGUAGACUGUAUUGCAGAGGAGAGGAGAGUGGAGGCUUACUCCGCCAGCCUGCUGGACCAUGAGUACACAGCAGGACCUUUUGGCCCAGGUGGUCCCAGAGGAAGCGCUGCCAUGGCCCCAGGGGUGUUCCUCACAUCAAGACGACCUUCUCUUUCACCCCAAAACAGCAGCAACUACUCCCCCUCUACACCCUCACCUGCUGGGCUGGCAAGUCCUGGGUCUGCUGGAGUAGGACAAGGGAAACGUCCAAAGAAAGGACUUGCUACAGCUAAACAGAGACUGGGAAAGAUUCUGAAAAUACACCGCAAUGGCAAGCUUCUUUUGUGAGAGGACUUUGGAAAAGACAGUGAUGUGUGGGGGAGAAAUGGGGCAACGGAUGACGGAUGACGACGAAAGAGGACAGACUGGCUGAAAAAGACGCUGUGACGCUGUGUGACUGAAUGUGUGAGAACAAAGGAUGGCAUGACUGAUUUGACUAUUGUGAUUGUGACUUUUACAUGUAAAAUGUGCUAUUCAUCAUUUUAAGCUCAAUACCUCCUCUUUUUAGCAUGCUUUUUUUUAUUACUCAUUUAUUUAACAUUUUAGACAUGAGUUUGUCUGUGUUAAUCUGUUAUUACAUGCUAUUUACAUAUUGUAAAACAAUAACUAAAAGCUACAAAGCACUUAAGGGGCUUAGUACAGAUAUGGCUUCAGUCCUCAUUACUGUAAUAUUUCUGUUUCGGCUACAUAAUUGGUAUGUAUAUUAACCAAAUUGUAAAUUUGGCCUCUACAGUUCGUUGCAGUUAAUUAUGAAGCCCUGUUAUUUCUAAACUAACAGUGGUUCAGUUUUCAGGUGAUUAGCACCCAAACAGUGAGUGAGCGGAUUUGGGGAAGGGGGAGUGUGUUUAAUAUAUGUAUGCAGCAUUUUCUUGUAGCAAGUCAAGUAAUGGUAGAAACAUGAGGAAGCAGGACUUAAAGCUUUCUUCGUUUGUGUGUAAUAUAAUCAGUCCCAUUUGCUUCACUCAAUUCCUCAGUGAAAUUGUACAGACCUCAGAUGACACAGGAAUUCAUGGUGGUUAGUUUCAUCUGGACUACUACUAAAGUAAUGAAGGCUAAAGCUAAAUUGGGGCUGUCAACAAGUAUGAUGUAAUGCUGUCCCUCGAAGGAUAAAGCAAAGGAAACGUUUCAUUUCUAAAAAUCCAUAAAGAUAAUGCUGCUCGUAUAGAUUCUGCUCACCAAGGCACUAUCAAGCGUAAGGAUCUGACAGUUGUCUGUCUGUGUAAAAUGUCAUCAUCAGCAAACACCCUCUUAUUCAUUGAUCUCUCGCUUUGCCUGCAGCAGAGGUUUUGACAAGUCCUGUGAUAUAUUUGUCCACAGGGUUUGUUUUAAAUCUACAGUCAGCAAUUACAGAGUAACAUUGUAGUAGCCCCAGCUAAAAAAGAAAUAACAAGAGUGGGAGGUCAUGUUGCUUUCAGAUAGUUUAUGAGCAUAUCAGUUAAUUUACCAAUUUUUACAUAGUUUCUCUUUAUUUAUCAAUUUAAACAGCACCCUUGUUUGCAGCUCUAGGUAUGAGACCGUUUUGGUGAACUUGCUGGUGAUGACUUUUACACAAGCCAACAUACAGUCUUCAGUGUAUGGAAGUUUCAAGCAUUUAUUAUGUAGCUUUUAUUUUCUGAAGUCUGCUGACUUUUGGUCAAGGGAGCAUAAUUAAGUAAGCAAUCCUGCUAUUUCUGACAGAUUUUCAUAAUUCAAACAAAAUAUUUCACUGUGAAUGCUUUUGGCCAGCACGAUCAUUUUUUUCCCACGUGGUCAGUGCAUUUAACGUACACAUAAAUUGGUAGUGAUUGGUAGUAUGGAAUAGUAAUACUUGUUUGCAGCCGAUUUAAGGAGAUCUCACAACAAACGUAAACAGUAAAAUCAGUUCUACCCUUAGUAAUGCUCUAGGUUCUAACGAGUGCUCAUUUGUCACUGUUUGCUUUUGUGUGUCAUUUUUACCAUAGUCACAUAAUGUAUUUCUACUGAUUCAUGUAUUUCAGCUCUGUAAAUACACAUUUUUAGUCACUCAGCACAGACAGUAGGAUGUCUUAAUGUUGUCUUGCUCUUCGUUUCCCCUGUUUGCCUCCAUUUAUUUGUUUAAAUGUAGUUUUCUGCCAGCUGAUAUCAGCAGGAGUGGUGUGGUACCUUUUAGUAAAACGGUAAUGCAUCUAAAAUGGAAAUUAGUGUAGUGUCAUGACAAAGAUUUGAGGGGGGGUAUUAAAGUUUAGUGUACAUAAUUGGUGUAAUUUUGUUAGCUACAAUGAAAGGUUUGUUGCAUUUGAAUCUUUCUUAACAUACCUUGUACAAAGAUACCUUAAUGUUUUGGGAAAUGUGUGAGAGUUUAACAGCAAGCUGUUUAGACAUUUUUAUUUGUAUAGGGUAAAUAUGUUAUUUUUGGUUGAUGUUUUAUGACAUUGGUAAGGUGAUAAUGAAGUUAAUGUAUUCUAUAGUUUUGCCAGUUUAUUACUGUUCACUCUUUGCUUUACCCCCUCAACAAUAUAAACUGUAUUGUCAAUAUAUUUUAGUUUUUUAAUAUUCAUUCUAGAGGGAUUGAAUAUGUUCUUACUAAAUCUGGAUUAAGUUUUUUAUUAUUUUAACUUUUUGAAGUCUCCUCCAUUGGCUAGUAUGACAAAAAAUACAGCGAAUUCGGCAAAUACGUCCUUUUUGUGCAAAUGGCCUCCCCAUGUUCAAGUAUUAUAAUCAUGUGAUCAAGGUUAAUGUGGAGAAAAAAGAUGCUUAUACUGACAUGAGAAACGUUUGGUCAUCCCAGUCAAUCAGAGGAAAAGGUUAUUUUCUUGUAUUUCUUCUGCCCUUUAAGACCAAUUAAACGUCCCAUUGAAUUUUAGUUAUUUGCUUCUCUGUCCUCACCUCUGUUGUAUUUUGUUUGAUUUGUGUAAGUUGUUUCCAGUUGUUUUCUGUGUUUGUCUUAAAAAAUGGUUCAUGUUUUUCACCACAGUUCCUCUCAGGGUUUAUUUUGUAUCUCAAAUAUCAUUUUGAUGGAAUACAAAAAGACGUCAAACGUAGUGCAUCACCGCUUUAAAGCACGACAUAAAUUGAGUCCAAUGCAUAUUGAAAAUUACACAUGUUGACAUUUUCCCAGCCAGCUAUUGUCUACACCAUUUGGUUGAUAAUUUGAAAGGUUUGAACAGAUUUUUUCAAAUGAGCUCAAUUAAAGGAUAUUUUUUAACGUUGUA